AUGAAUCACAUUCUCCAACAGAGAACUUUCCCGGGCCCUAGAGGUCACAUCCCCUCCAACUGGAUUGGUCACCUGGGAUACAGCCUUGGUAAGAACCGGUACAAAAUGGUGGCCCUGGAGCCUUUGAACCAGCUACUUCAACACAAGUGGGAAUCCUUCAUAAGAAAAAGGUUUUUCUUCAGUUUAUUCCUCCACCUGAUUUUCAUGUUCAUCUACACAGGCACUGCUUAUUACUGGCCUCUAAAGGGUGAGCCUCUUGUUCCAACGACAAUGACCAUCAAGGACUUAUUAAGACUUCUUGGAGCUGUGGUCGUUUUAAUUGGUGGCAUUUAUCUCUUCAUUGCUCAGAGUUUUUACUUCUGGAGAAGACGCUUCUCUUGGAAAAGUCUUCUAGUGGAUAGUUGCUUCGAAAUAUUCCUGUUUGUGCAGGCACUCGCCAUCCUGGCCUCGUCCGUGAUGUUCUUUGCAAACACGGAAAAAUACGUGCUGCCCAUGGUGUUCGCUUUGCUUUUGGGCUGGGUGAACAUGCUCUACUACACCCGCGGUCUCCAGCAGACGGGAAUCUACAUUGUGAUGAUCCAGAAGGCCAUCUUGAGGGACCUUCUGCACUUCCUGAUGGUUUAUGUGAUCUUCCUAUUUGGCUUUGCAACAGCUCUCAUCAUUCUCACCGGGGGCGCCCCCCACUCCUCCCACAACACGUCUGUCCCUCUCAGCGACGACUCUAAAGAGCAGGCCGUGUAUUCGGGGCUAUUCCAGACGGCUCUGCUGCUCUUCAGGUUCACCAUCGGCAUGGGGGACCUGGAGUACAACGAGAACGUAAAGUACAGCGACUUAGCGAUGCUGUUGGUGCUGCUCUUUGUCAUCUUGACCUACAUCCUCUUGCUCAACAUGCUGAUUGCCCUGAUGAGUGAAACGGUCACCAACGUCUCUGGGUAUAGCCAAAGCGUCUGGCAGUUGCAGAGGGCCAUUGCUAUUCUGGAGAUAGAGAAAAACUGGAUCUGGUGCUGGAAAAAGGCCCAGAGAUCCGGCUGUUACCUCUCCAUCGGCUCUGAGGACAAGAAAGACCAGAGGUGGUUUUUUCGAGUAGAAGAAGUAAACUGGGAAGACUGGAAUGAAAAACUGGAUGCCCUCAGGGAAGAUCCUGUGGGGUCCAAUCUCCUGGAGGAUUCCUCUUCGGAGUCGAAACUGCGGGACUGGUUCGCUCGGGCAAAGUCUCGCUUCUCUUGGUUGGUGGAGGAAGAGGAGGAGCGGGAAGAACGGGUGUCUCUGCACAACUUAAGACCCUAGGAGGAGGAGAGGAACCCCCUCCUUGCCCAGGGAAGGAGGGAUGGACGGAGGGGCGUCUCAGCCACGAAAGGAGCCCCCUCAACAGCUCUUCGGUGCCUUUGGGAAGGAUUCUGCCCCCGCCUCAAUUAAUGCAGCUCCUAAGUGGUUUGAGAGGGAAA